CACAACUUAUCUGCGGACACAGAUCUCUCGUUGUGCAAUCAGACCAUCUGUCGCUCUCUGCUGCUGGGACGGUUGGCUAUAGAAUCCAUUCACCGGGGUUGUGUAUAGAAGGGCAAAGCAUGGCAAAAUGUUUUGCAAUGGAAAACAAAAAUCUUUGUUCUAUUUUCCAGUGUGGCCCACUGUGAGAGGAUGCAGCCCAAGUAUAGCAGCCUGGGCAACAUCAGUUACUUCACCCAGAUGGACCAGAGAGCUGUGAAAGUCUUCCUGUCAAGGGUCAGCUGAAGGAGACAUCCACAUGGAACUUUCAAAGCUCUUCCUUACAGUGAUGCUAGUCAGUGCUGAUGCCAGUAUGGCACUUCACGCCCAAACAUUCAAAAAUGAUGAUCCGUUCUCCGGUCGUUCAUUAGUGUGUGAUCGCUGUCCACCUGGAACGUACCUCCGCGCGCCCUGCAGUGCCACCCGAAAGAGCGACUGUGCGAAAUGUCCCAAAGGGGCAUACACAGAAUUUUGGAACCACAUCUCCAUGUGCCUGCGAUGCAGCAUGUGCGCUGAGAACCAAGUCGUCAAGCAGGAGUGUUCUCCAUUCAACAACUGCGAGUGCGAGUGCAAGGAGGGUUACUACUUCAACAAGAGAUACGAAGCAUGCAUCAAACAUAAAGAAUGCCCCCCUGGGUAUGGAGCGAAUACUACAGGUACACCACAACAAGAUACAGAAUGUGUGCAGUGUCAACUCGGAUUCUAUUCUAACGUUUCCUCGGCAAAAGCAAUCUGUGUUGCCCACUCAAACUGCGAAGCUGGUGGACUGCGCGUGGUGCUAAAAGGCAGGGGCUGGCACGAUACACUGUGUGCCUCAUGUGAUGACCUCAAAACUCGUGAUGGAGCUGAAUAUCUGCAGGAAAUCCUUCCUGCGUUCUUCAUUCAACUUCACCAGAAGAUGGGCCUUCAGAGAAUACGUCGUUUAGCGAUGAGGCUGCCGCAAGAGGGAGGCAAGAAACCGCUCCGAGGAACAGUCAUGAAACUUUCUAGGAGGGGUCUUAACGACUUUAUGAACAGUUGGGACCAAGGUGCAGGGAAAGACCAAGUUAGGAAACUUCCGGAGAUGUUGAGGAAGACAGGGGCCCGCAAUGCAGCAGACAAACUAGAGCUUAAACUGAAAUAUAUAGACCAACAAUUCAAACUCUGUGAAGGCUUAGUUGAAGUAGCCUAAAAUGGGUUAAAGUAGCCUCUCAUCCCCAUCUUCUUAAUAACAUAUCUUGACAGCAAAAAGUAAUUAAAUUCAACAGUUGUCCAUUUUAAAAUGGGCUAUGCAGUCUAGACCAGGGUUCCCCAAUAUGUGACCGUGAUUUUAUUUGUCCUCCCAAGUCUUCUGAGCAAAAAAAGUAAUAAACAAAGUAAAAAAUUAUGAUAAUUAUCAUAAAUCUAUAUAUGUACACUACCGUUCAAAAGUUUGGGGUCACUUAGAAAUGUCCUUGUUUUUGAAAGAAAAGCACAUUUUUUGUCCAUUAAAAUAACAUCAAAUUGAUCAGAAAUACAGUGUAGACAUUAUUAAUGUUGUAAAUGACUUGUAA